AUGGACCCAUUAAGCAUAUCCGCAAGUUUGAUAGCCGUUCUCCAAAUCACUGGCUCCUUAAUAUCCUUCUGCUACGAUUAUCGUCAAGGUGCCAAACAUGCCUCGAAAGAAAUUGUGCAGAUUCAGGAUGAGUUGAAUAGUUUAAAGGGUUUACUGGAUUCGUUACUCAAAUUGGCAGAAAAGUCUGAGGCGGAUGGAAAACAGCUUUCUACCUUCGAAUUGUUGCUAAAAGAUGAUGGGCCUCUCUCGAUGUGUAAAUUAGAGUUGGAAAAUUUGAGGGAGAAAUUGGAAAAAGGGGGUGUGGGUAAAAAUGGUUGGAUAGGAUUGAAAAAUGUACUAGUUUGGCCACUGAAAGAGGGUGAGGUUAGGAAGACGUUGAGUGUUUUGGAGAGGUUGAAGAGUACGUUGCUCUUGGGGCUGAGUGCGGAUCAGACGAAUUUGGCUUUGAAUCUUACGAAUAGGAUUGAGAAUCAAUUUGCAGAUCAAACGCGUCGACAUAUCUAUGAAUGGUUAGCAGCACCAGAUCCGUUUCUUACGCAUGCUGCGACAUUGAAGAAGCAUCAACCAAAUACUGGAGCAUGGUUUUUAACAAGCAAGCAAUACGAGGAAUGGUCUUUUGGUGGGGGCUCAUUUUUAUGGCUUUAUGGGAUUCCUGGCAGUGGGAAGACUGUGUUGUGUUCUACAAUCAUAGAGCAUUUGGUCGGUCAAGUUCAGCAACAUGCUACUAUAGCACUCGCAUACUUUUACUUCGACUUUAACGGAGAUUUAACUGGCGCACUCAAGUCUUUGAUUGCUCAACUCUCAGCGCAAAGCAAUAAUAUUCCUCGGCCGCUGACAGAUCUUUUUGAGGAAUCACGCUUAAGGAAAUCAACGUCACCAACGGAUGAGGCCCUUCUUGAGUGCUUCCGUAACAUUCUAUUAUCUUUUCAUCAUGUCUACAUUACUUUCGAUGCACUUGAUGAAGCUGCUAGAAAGGAAGAAGUCCUAUCAUUUAUUUCCACUAUCAAAUCAUGGCAAUAUCAAAGAUUGCGCUUGUUAGUCACUAGUCGACAAUUAGCAGAAAUCGAAGACGUCUUGUCUCCCUUGGUCAGUGAUCGGCUUUGCUUACAAGAUUCUAUUUCAGCAAGGGUUGAUAUUAAGUAUUUCGUCUCCGAGAAAAUGAAGCACGAUAAAAUGAUGUCGAAAUGGCCCCGAGAUAUUCGAACCCAAGUUGAGCUCAAGCUAAUCCGGGAAGGGGACGGCAUUCUAGACGAAACCUACGAGCGAAUAUUACAACAGAUCGAUAUCCAACAUCAGUGGGAAGUUUCAAAGAUUCUUCAAGCUCUUACUGUAGCUGUAAAACCACUAAAUGUUGAGGAACUGGUAGAAAUUUUGGCCAUAGAUUUUGAUUCUGAUCCACCGUGCUUUGAUCAAGAUUCUCGACUUCUCGAUCCCGAAAUAGUUCUUGCUAUAUGCUCAUCUCUCAUAACUAAGAGUGGUCCAAGCUUAAGACAAGAUGAAGAUGAAAAAGCUAGAUGGGAAAGAGAUCUGCUUAAGCAGAAAUUUGGGUAUAUUUCACCUCCCGUGAAACUUGCACAUGCAUCCGUAGCAGACUAUCUCACACACUCAGAGUCGUCACCCUUCCACUUCACUCAACAUGCUGCUCGCCAAUUCAUGGCUCAAGCUUGUCUCGCGUACCUACUCAAUCGUGAAUUUUCCCGAGGACAUGAUCGACAACUACUCAGGAGCCGCCGUCGAGAUUAUCCUUUCCUUCGUCACAUCACCACAAACUGGCCACAAUAUGUCAACAAAUCGCCUGGCGAUCCUGUCGAUUAUCUUCUACCUCGUACUCAACAGCUCCUCCAGGCUUUUUUCGAAACUCACAAUCUUCCAAAUGGCGGCAACUUCGCUUUCUGGCUUGGCAUGAUCAUGCCAUCGGCUCCUGCUGAAGAUUCAUAUGUGACGAGAACACAUCCUCUAUAUUAUGCAGCGUCUUUUGGGCUUGCAGAUAUUGUUCGCAUAAUUCUAGACACCGAGACAGAUGUCAAUAUUGAUGAGCUCGGAGGCAGAGCACAUGCGACCGCUCUACAUGUCGCCUGUUACAGAAGCCAUCUUGAAGUUGUUAGAAUUUUGCUAGAGCGAGGCGCGGAUCCGAAUAUUCCUAAUAAUGUUGGGGAAAGUCCUAUGUAUUGGGCCAAUUUCUAUAAUCCUAAAGGAGAGAUAAUGGAGUUGUUGUUGAGCCAUGGUGCAAGCUGGGGGAGACGUCGAAGAGACUCUUCUGUGAAUGAAAAUCGGAAAGUUCCUGCCGAGUAG